UGAAACGAACAUGAAAGUAAGAAGUGCUUCUUCUUCUUCCUCCCAACCCGCCUUCUAUUUCUUUCUGCUUCCUUCGAUUCCCAUCUGUAGCAGCAGUGGAAGGUGAAAGGAAAAGAGUAAGACAAAAAAAGGAGGAGGCCGACAACAAAACGCCGCCACCGGCAUCAGUACUCUCGGGACGGAUUUUUUGAAUUCAACAAGGAAAGAAGAAGUUGACUGCUACGGGUUGAAUUUAGCCGUACAUUCAUCGAUUACAUCGUUAUGCCAUCGGGUCCGAAGAAGAGGAAGGCGGCCAGGCGCAAGAAGGAGAUGGCUCUCCGCCCUGCAAAUCCUGCUGCUCCUCCUCAGGAUAGUGAGCAACACGAUGAUCUGGUGCCCGUUGAGGAUAGCAAGGAGAGCGACGGUGGAUCCCCCGCAUCUUCCUCCUCAUCUUUAAGUCGGGAGAACCACCGUUUUCGAUCUGCCGAAGCGUUGUUAGGGUCUGAAGCUGUUGAGUUUGUUAGCAGAGCAGAAGAUGCGGAGAGCGGUAAAGGAGCUACCUUGGCCGAGGAAGAUGACGAGGGGUCUGUUGUUGCGGGAAAUGAUUUAGCUUUUACGAAUGCGGCUGAGUCCAUCGCUGGAUCAGAAGAUUCGGCUUUAGAAUUCGCUGAAUCUGAAAAGGAAGAUGAGAAACCUGCCGAGGAGACGGCUCUUUACGUCGAAAAGAUUGUUGCUAUGACUGAAGAGCGGGGGCCGAUUGAUGAGGUUGCUGCUAAGUGUUUUGAGGAGACUUCGGGCGAAGCCGCGGCGAAAGUAGUGCCGCUUCGUGAUUCGGAUGAGGCCCUCGAACAGCUCGGUGAGGAGAAUCAUGAAGCCCUCAGUAUUGAUGGGAAAACUGAGACUUUGCCGACCGCUGAGGUUGAGCUCCCUGCUACACCUUUGCAUCACGCAACCUGGUGGAAUUGCUGCGGCUUGCUUGAUGUUUUUGCAGGUUCUAGGAGAUAGAUUCAGAAUCAGAUGGAUGCUUUAGUUCCUCGACAAAGAUUAACAGGACUCAUCAAGACUGGUUGCAGUAUUAUAGUUUUAGUAGUUAGAUUAAACUAGUACUGAUUGUUGGUUCUUGUGAGAUCUUGACAAGCAAAUCAGUGAUAGUGGUCAUUAUCUUUUCUCCUUCAUGUAAGAUCAAAACUUGCAUGCUUGUGGAUUUAUUUUGAGAAACUUUGUCACUCCCGAAAAAGAAGUUUUGGGGCCAAGUAUACAUCAAACACAAGAUUAACUUGGCAUUUUGCAGGAGAUUUAGAUAGUCCCAUGUUAUCACUUACAAUUUGGAUGUCUGUAUGCAACUCAUUUUGGAUGAAGGAGACAUCAAUGGCCUUUUUGCGUGUGAAGCCAACACCAAACCUCUUCUGCAUGGUUGCAUCCUACCCAUUAUGUUGCCAUCCCUCUCUGCAAGUGGAAGAACAGCCAAUGCCAUUCACCCACUGGUCACUCUCUGCUCCUCCCUGAUGACACCAGUGGAUAAGUUGGAAGAGAUAACAAGAGAUAUCUUUUUGAGUUGCAGACAAAGGAGAGAGAACAAA